AUGAUGCAGGAUGGAUAUGAUAGCACUCUUCAAAUAUCUGAAAGGAUAUCACAUAUAGAAGAAAAUCUGGAUCUUCUCUUUCUGUUUCAGAUGCCAGUCUGGAGUUCCAUCAUCUCCCUCUUUCAGAUGGUUUCUCGUCAGAAAGUAAUAACUGCCAAUGGCUACGGAGAAUCACACCUGAACCGCUGCCUCACUGUCUUGGAUUUAGUAGCCUUUGGGGUGGGCAGUACUCUAGGUGCAGGGGUAUAUGUCUUAGCAGGGGAAGUAGCCAAGAAUACCUCAGGACCUAGUAUUAUCGUUUCCUUUUUUAUUGCUGCUAUGGUAUCCAUUUUGGCAGGAUUUUGUUAUGCUGAAUUUGGAGCCCGGGUGCCUCUGGCAGGAUCAGCCUAUUUGUACAGCUACGUCACAGUUGGAGAGCUAUGUGCAUUCGUCACUGGGUGGAACCUGCUAUUGUCCUAUGUAAUUGGAGCUUCCAGUAUAGCCAGAGCAUGGAGUGCUACUUUUGAUGAGAUUUUGGGCAAAAACCUGGGGAAUGUUUUCAACAUACAUCUGACCCUGAGCAUCCCAGGUCUGGCUGAAUAUCCAGAUAUCUUCGCUGUUUGCCUCAUUUUUCUGGUGACAGGCAGCCCUAAAUGA